GUUUCAAGUUUACGUGUGAAGAGUUUUUAACAAUCGGAGCUUUUACCAGCGUCGUUGAAGGCACCGUAGCCGUGAUUGGCUGCUGUCGAGGCCAAGGCGAGUUCACUGCCUCACAUUAUUGUGACUUCUGCGUGCCAUAACGGGGACAAAAGUAGACUUUGUCACCGCCACGACUCUCCCGGAGCACUCCGCCAACACCUCUCCACUCGGCACCUGCACCCAGAGCUCAACUAGUCAUCCCAAAGUGUUUUUUUUGCACCCGGAGUGGCUGAAGGACGGGACCUCGUAUCGGCGCGUGAAUGCAUCUUGUUGUAGUUAGCUUAGCUUAGCUUAGCUUAGUUUAGCUAGUCCUCCACAACGCGACAUUCUCCUUCGCGGUGGCCGUUCCCGAGCUCCAGGACCCGGUAGCAUUAGGACAGGGGGCACGCCUCGCCGAACCAGCCCAGAACAAGUCAACAAGUCUGCCGCAAAGGAAGGUGGUGUAAGCGCGCCAAACCUGAAGGAGCCCAGCGGCUCGAAGCCUGGUCCUCCUCCUGUCCUCCUGUCGUCCGCAGCCCCGCUCGCCCUCCCGACAUGAUUCCCGACAAGGUGCCGAAGGAAGAUGUGUUUUACGGGGCGGAGGAGAUGCGGAGGGGCGCUCACGUCCCCACCUUCGACAUGUACAAAGACAUGUACAUGCAGUCUGUUGAGGACCCUGACAAGUUCUGGGGCGACGUGGCCAAGGACUUCUUCUGGAAGAGCAAACACACGGGACCCUUCCUGGACUACAACUUUGAUGUCACCAAAGGGGAAAUCUUCACCAAGUGCAUGGCGGGCGCCUCCACCAACAUCUGCUACAACGUCCUCGACCGCAACGUCCACGAGAGGAAGCUGGGGGACAAAGUGGCCUUCCACUGGGAAGGCAACGAGCCGGGCGACGAGUCGACGGUGACGUACAGGGAGCUGCUGCACGACGUCUGCCGCUUUGCCAACGUGCUGAAGUCCCAGGGUGUGAGGAAAGGCGAGCGCGUGGCCAUCUACAUGCCCAUGGUGGUGGAGCUGGUGGUGGCCAUGCUGGCCUGCGCUCGCAUUGGAGCCGUCCACUCCAUCGUGUUUGCAGGGUUCUCUGCCGAGUCUCUGAGUGACAGGAUCAUGGACUCUCAGUGCUCCCUGCUGGUCACUGCAGAUGGCUUCUAUCGAGGAGAUAAGCUGAUCAACCUGAAGAUCUUAGCCGACGAAGCACUGCAGAAGUGCAGGGACAAGGGCUUCCCACUCCACAGGUGCAUUGUGUUGAAACAUUUAUCCAAAGAAGCACAAGAGACUAUUCUCAGCUGUCCUCCUGCCAAAAGGUCCUGCCCUGACCUGCAGGACAAAGAGACGAGCAGAGUAAAGAAAAGUCGUCCUGUCCCACAGGUGCCGUGGAACCCGGAAGUGGACCGCUGUUGGCACGCUCUGGUCGCCGCGGCGUCGGACGAGUGUGAGCCCGAGUGGUGCGAGUCGGAAGAGCCUCUCUUCAUCCUCUACACCAGCGGCUCCACAGGCAAACCCAAGGGGGUCUUGCACACGCUCAGCGGCUACAUGCUCUACACCGCCGCCACCUUCAAGCUGGUCUUUGACCACCAGCCGGACGACGUCUACUGGUGCACGGCUGACAUCGGCUGGAUCACCGGACACUCCUACAUCACCUACGGCCCGCUGGCCAACGGGGCCACCAGCGUCUUGUUCGAGGGUCUUCCCACCUACCCUGACGUGAGUCGCAUGUGGCAGAUAGUGGACAAGUACCGUGUCAGCAAGUUCUACACCGCACCCACCGCCAUCAGACUGCUGAUGAAGUACGGCAAUGAGCCGGUGCAGAAGUACAAGCGUGACUCUCUGAAGGUUCUGGGCACUGUGGGAGAGCCCAUCAACCCUGAGGCCUGGCACUGGUACUUCUCUGUGGUGGGAGACAGCAGGUGUCCCAUUGUAGACACCUUCUGGCAGACUGAGACUGGUGGACAUGUGCUGACUCCUCUGCCUGCAGCCACACCCAUGAAGCCAGGCUCUGCUACGUUUCCAUUCUUCGGGGUGGUGCCCGCCAUCCUGAACGAGUCUGGCGAGGAGCUGGAGGGUCCGAGCGAAGGUUACCUGGUGUUCAAGCAGCCGUGGCCCGGCGUGAUGAGGACGGUGUACGGGAACCACGGAAGGUUCCAGAGCACCUACUUCAAGAAGUUCCCGGGUUACUACGUGACCGGAGAUGGCUGCCGCAGGGACAAGGACGGAUAUUACUGGAUCACUGGGAGGAUCGACGACAUGCUCAACGUCUCAGGUCACCUGCUGAGCACGGCGGAGGUGGAGUCGGCGCUGGUGGAGCACGAGGCGGUGGCGGAGGCGGCGGUGGUGGGCCGGCCACACCCCGUGAAGGGAGAGAGUCUGUACUGCUUCGUCACGCUAGGUGUUGGACGCACCUUCAACCGCACGCUGGAGGCACAGCUCAGGAAACAAGUGAGGGAGAAGAUCGGCGCCAUCGCCACACCAGACUACAUCCAGGACGCGCCAGGACUCCCCAAGACCAGAUCAGGCAAGAUCAUGCGGCGCGUGCUACGCAAGAUUGCACGUGGCGACAAAGACCUGGGCGACAUCUCCACCUUGGCUGACUCCUCUGUGGUGGAGCAACUCUUCCUCAACCGAUGUCACCCUGCCCUCUGACCUGGACACACCCAGGACCAGGACCAGACCCAGGACACCCUGGUCAGGACUCGGGACAUCAUCAUCUAACAUUAUGAGCAAGAAUAAAUAAAAUAAUAAUAUUGCAUCUAAAUAAUAAAAUAUAAUAAUGUUGGUGUGUGAGCGACAGUUUCCUAUUUCCACUUCCUGUUAAUUACAUGUUAAUUACACACUUUCCUCAGUUUUACAUCUGUCUGUUUUGGGAACAUCAUUUGUUGAAACUCUACUUCCUGUCUGCUAUUUUCAACUUAUUACUAUUUGGUUUUUCAAACUGGAGGAAAAAACAAAACAUUGAGGUUUUUGAAUAAAAGACCAAGAAUGGAGAUGUUUUUUUUAACCAAAUAAAAAAUGAA